AUGACGGCUCAAGCCAACAGGGAGGUUGUGGUCCCCGUAAACCCAAAUGUGGGUACGACGGCAACUAGAGUGAGAGACUUCACUAGAAUGAAUCCUUCGGAAUUUCAUGAUUCUAUGGUUGAGGAAGAUCCUCAAGAAUUCAUUGAUAAAGUGUAUGAAGUGUUGAUGAUCAUGUAUGCUCCUGCUAUGGUUGUUGAUCCUAGGGCAAGAAUGAGUAAGUUUGUUUUGGGUGUGUUUGCAAUUGUGGUUAAGGAAUGCCGUACCUCUAUGCUUAUAAUUGAUAUGGACAUUUUGUCUCAUGGAUCCUCUAAGGUUUCUCCUAGGUUCAAUAAAGAUAGGGUUUCUAACCCUAAGCCUCAAGAAAGAAAUGGUAGUGGGUCUUCAUUGUCUACUUGUGCUAAGUGUGAAAGGAAGCACGAGGGUAAAUGUCUAGCUGGUUCUAAUGCAUAUUUUGGUUGUGGCAAGACACACAAGAUAAGGGAUUGUCCCUCAGUUGCUAAGAAUGAAGGAGAUGAUCAUCGAUGGGCUUAA